GACGCGCAUCACGACGGAGAGCGUUUUGGUUUUUAAGGUUUUUUUUUUUUUUUAUGAAAGGAAAUAUAAAACAAAUCAAACAAGACAUAAAGAGAAUAUCUGCACCGGAUUGGCGACGUGAACACGGACGAGAUCCACGUGCAAGUUUUGACGGAUUUGAACGGCUCAGGUGCGCUGGAGGAUCAGAGACAGCCAGUUGGCGGAUGAUUGUCGGUUUCGUGGAGAGGUGUCACUGCCUCUGCGCAAGUCUCAGAUGAAGAUGAAGUCUGCGGGUGUCGUGGAUGGAGGCUUGUUCACAGAGAGCUAUUGUAACAUCUGCAAUGCCCAGCUAAUCUCCGAGUCCCAGCGCACCGCUCACUAUGAGAGUAAGAAGCACGCCAACAAGGUGCGUCUCUUCUACAUGCUUCACCCAGAAGACGGAGGACCGCCGUCCAAGAGGCUGAGGCCAGAUAACCCAGACUGUGCAGAAACAGAGGUGGACAGGAACAAGUGCUGUACCUUGUGUAACAUGUUCUUCACGUCCGCCAUCGUGGCCCAGUCACACUACCAGGGUAAAACCCACGCCAAGAGAGUGCGCCUGGUGCUGGGGGAGCCGCCCACCCUACCCACAGGCAUGACCAGCCCCACAAACACAGAUUCCUCCCCUUCCACACCACUGCCCCCAGACCCCGCCGUGUGCCCACCUCCUUCCCCAGCCCUGCCCUGGCCUGCAGCGGUGGUUGGUGGAAACGGUGGGAGAGAGGCGGGGAAGUACUGCUGCCUGUGCGGAGCCUGGUUCAACAACCCGCUGAUGGCCCAGCAGCACUACGAGGGCAAGAAGCACCGCAGGAACGCAGCCAGGGCACGUCUGCUGGAGCAGCUAGCGGGCAGCCUGGAUGCCACGGAGAGCACAGGGCUGCGCAGUAGUUACUCCUGCAGCGUCUGCAGUGUCGUCCUUAACUCCAUCGAACAGUACCACGCACACCUCCAGGGCUCCAAGCACCAGAACAACCUGAAGCAACACCAGCAGUAAAGCCACCGUGACAGGACACUCGGAAAACAAAGAGAGAUGAAGACAGAGAUUACCGGAAUAAACAAAUUCAGAUUUCAUGUCCGAGAAAGUAGUGCCGGGUAACUUCAGUGUAUGUGUGUGUGUUUGUAAGUGUGUGUGUGGGUAUCAUAAGCAUCCAUGCCUGCAUCUGCGGGUCAUUGUGAGUGUGUUUAUUUCUACCUUUGAUCUAAAAAUAUAUCUCGGAGAUUUAUUCAGCACCCAAGUGUUUGAUAUGAGUUCUAGACACGACGGCCACGGCCGACAGAGGAGCUGCGGCUGCCAUGAAACUCCUGUGUGAACCACAAUCCUACCAAUUCAACUGAUGUCGGUGCGUUGCCCAGAGCGGUGAUAACCAUUACAAUGAUCGUCAUAAAGCAGCAGUUACACCAACUCUGUAACUAAACGUUCCCAAAGUGCUCCGAGAGUGAUCCACGUCUCAACACAGCCACUAGUCCGUUUUACAUGCAUUUCCUACACAGCGGCGCUGAUGAUGAUGCACGUAUGGCUUACUCUCAGACCACUUGAGACCAACUCAGGCCCAGACGUUUGAAUCCAAGGACAAGAAAAGCCCCAAUGACCUCAGACAUUACAGGUUGCAUAAAGUAUUUUUGGUUUUAUCUGUAAACGUAGCGUCACUCUUUUUUUUUUUUUUAAUCCAUCUUUUCAUGUUCCAAAUAAUCACAAACCUGUGUGGCUCGGUUGCGGUGCAGACGUCCCUGGAGAAAAGCAGCACAAAGACUUUUUAGCUCAUGCGCUGAAGUGGACUUCCUUGUCAAUCAUGUACAGUUGAAAACAUUCCCACGGCACUGAAUACUGAUGUCAGAUGCAGUUCAAAGGUGACAUUAGUGCCUCUCUGAUGGGCGACGUGUAGAUACGAUUUUUUUUUAUUUUUCUGUUGCAAUAGCCUGAGAAGAAAACAAAAUACUCCAUUCCAUGUAGCAGAAAACAAACAAUAAAUCUGGGGUGUGAUUCAGUGCAUGCUAAAUCUACAACUUUGCGUUUACUUGCCUUUUUAAAAUCCUACUGCUAGCGUGUUUUGGCAACAGCACUGCAUUCUAGAGAUAGCUUGGUAAUGUAUCUCUGCACAUGAACAAAGAGGUCAUCUCCUACUCCUGGAGAGGCUUCUUUUCAACUUCUAAUUUAUUCAUCAAAAAAAAUGAAACCUUUUGAUGCCUAGAAAUUAGACCAGUCACCGCUGUUUUAAAGGCCUCCAUCUGUAGAGUCAGAGCAUCUGUGAAGUGAGUUUUAACAAUGGUUUGUAGCAGUGCAAGACGUUUCGAGAGGAGAUACGCUCCAGUUUCCUGAGCUGGCACUCAGAUUGGCCCUGAGCUGCAUUUCUCUACAUGGACUGAGAAACACAGCACUCAAUGCUAAGCUAUGCUCUGUCAGCUCUUAUUGGUUCAAGCUCUGUUUUUUUUUCUUCCUCUAUGAACACAUUAAAAAAUGGUUUUAUUUUUUGCCUUGUUCAUUUCACGGUUAAGAGACUGAACUACAAAUGACCUGAUUAGAAACUGUUUUUUUCCUCUGCAGACAUUUGGAUGAGUAAUUGUUUUUUUAUGCAAUCGCACUGUAGUUAUACCAACCAUAACAAUGUGUUUUGAAGUGAAAUUGUUUUACAAAGCAAAAAAAAAAAGAGUGGUUUGUGUAAAUAAGCAGUGGCGGCAGGCAAAGUUUGUGUUUUCAGAAGAAGUUUUGUAUUUAUAUAGUGUUUAUCUGCACUGAGCUACGGUAGAAAAGGGAACUUCUUAUGGAUAUUUAUAUUGAAAAAUACAAAUAUGUUGGCACUAAAAAUGAGAUUGUCUAUUGGAGGGUGGGCCAUGUUUUGAAUGGAUGAGCGUCAGUGAAAAUAAAGCGAGUGAUCACGGACACAACUGUUUUCAUCAAGACGACCACCAUCACCACAAAGAUCUUCUGCUCAGAGGAACCUCCCAUGUGACUGGUUUGCCAGCGGAUUCAUGAGAAAGCAAAACCAGCGACAGGACGGCAGACUGUUGGGUUUAAACAAGACAUCUAAAAAUGACCAACCCCUCGGUCGUCAGUAAUGCCAUGAAGAAGAAAAAAAUCUUUAAACAAGGAGUCGUUUUGCAUUUUCGCUUUGCAUCAUGACUGUUUUUGAUGACUAAUUACAUGGACUCUCUCCAGCACUGGUGCAUUCACAAUAAAAGCGGUGUCUGUGUGUGUUGAUAUCACAGUCAGGGGAUGAGUGCGCCAUGAGUCACAUAUUUUAGCAGCUGUUACGUAAUAUAUGACAGAGAUGUAUCUACGGGCAGGAAUUGUGUGAUACGAUGCUUGUGGGUGGGUGUCUGUAUAUGUAAGACUGUCAGCUGCACUGGCAGUGGGAGCCUCGCUGUGAGCUGUGUACUGUGAGCACAUUUGUAAACACACCUGAUGAUGAAUACAACCAAGAUGACAACUAUAUCUAUUUUCUCUUGCAAAAAUCCAGACCUGUGUGUUUCUUUGUCUGUG